AACUUGAUUUGGGAAAAGCUUUAAGGGUAGUAAAGCUUGUUUUGUGGGUUAUUUUUCACCACUCUGUGUGAGUGUUGGGGAGAAAGCUGAACUUUUUUAGGGGCUCUUUUAGACAUUUAAAACUAUAGAAUUUCUUUAUAGAAUUGAAUGGUAAAGAAGCAAAAUAAACUUUUCACAACGUUGCGAAUUGUGGAGCCUAACGGACGUGUACGGAGAAGAAGCUAAAUAAUAGUGAAUAUUAAAAAAAAAAAACAUAAAGAAAGAAAAAAAACAAAUAAUAGUUAAACAAAUAAAUAAAAACCAAAUCAAUCAUAAUAAAAACGAAACAACGGCCAUAAUAUUGUAAUUAAAAACAACAACAUAAAGAAAAAGAAAGAAAUUAAAAGUAAUAAAUGAAAAUAUAAUGAAUAUAAAUCCUAAAAAAUCACAUACCAAAUCAUAUAAAAAACAAUGGAAAUUUAAUUAAAAAUAAAACAAAACAAUCUGAAACACACAUCAAGAAAACAAAACGAAAAAUAAAAAAGAAAACAGGCCACAAUAACGAUAACAAAACAUCACUACCAACAAUAUCAACAACAACAACCAAAGAAAAGAUAUAAAAAUAUAUUUUAGCAAAUAAAACAAUAAACGGAAAUCCGCCUUUUUAAAGCCAUAAAUUUUGAAAUCCAUAAAACACAGAAACCACCAAGCCACCUAAAUAAAAUUAUCAAAAAUACAAAAAAAAACAAACCUUAAAGAAAACAAAAAAAGAAAUUCAAACACCAAACCAACCGUCAACAACAGCAGGUUUUUUUCUAGAAAAAACAACAAAAUACACUCUACACAGACAAACAACAAAAAACCCCAAUACAAAAUCAAGGAAUAAUAAAAAAAAUAAACAAACAAACAAACAAACAACUACAACAAUAAUAAGAAACCACCAAAAGCAACAACAGCAACAAAAUAAAUACAAGUUUACAACAAAUACUUUUUUUGGGAACCACCGUUUGAAUAACAACAAACAACUAAAACCGCCUAAGGAAUAAAUAAGAAUCAAAACACCAAAAUCAUUAAUAAUUUUAGCAACAACAGCCACCACAAGAACAACAACAACAACUAGUACCAUCACCACCACAACAACAACCACAAAUAUGUCCGAAAAGAGCGACAACAAUGGCGACGAUCAAGCACAGACGGUCGACGAGGCCGUUGGUGAAAAUAAAAUGAAAUCCCGUCUUCGCAAGGGCGCUCUCAAGAAAAAGAACAUUUUCAAUGUCAAGGAUCAUUGCUUCAUACCACGCUUCUUUAAGCAGCCAACAUUCUGUUCACACUGCAAGGAUUUUAUAUGGGGUUUUGGCAAGCAAGGUUUUCAAUGCCAAGUUUGUUCGUAUGUCGUUCACAAACGUUGUCAUGAGUAUGUUACUUUUGUAUGUCCCGGCAAGGACAAAGGAAUUGAUUCCGCCCAUCAGAUGCCACACAAAUGGCAGAACGUAACAUUCCUGUCACCGAUGUUUUGUGAUCAUUGCGGUUCCCUAUUACACGGUAUCACACAUAAAGGUCUCAAAUGUCGAGCAUGUGACAUGAACGUACAUGCACGUUGCAAAGAGAACGUGCCCAGCUUAUGCGGAUGUGAUCACACUGAACGACGUGGACGCAUUCUAUUGGAAUUAGUUGUUAAGGAAAAUACUCUAACCGUACAGAUCAAAGAAGGUCGUAAUCUCAUUCCAAUGGAUCCAAAUGGCUUAAGUGAUCCAUAUGUUAAAGUUAAAUUAAUACCCGAUGAGCAUGAAAAAGGCAAAAAGAAGACACGCACCAUUAAGGCAUCAUUGAAUCCAAUAUGGAAUGAAACAAUCAUAUAUGAACUUAAAGCUGAGGACAAAGAUCGUCGUGUUUUAAUAGAAGUAUGGGACUGGGAUCGUACUUCACGCAAUGAUUUCAUGGGUGCUUUAUCAUUUGGCAUAUCGGAAAUAAUCAAGAAUCCCGCCAAUGGCUGGUUCAAAUUGCUGACCCAAGAGGAGGGUGAAUACUACAAUGUGCCAUGUGCUGAUGCUACACAAGAUUUACUCAAACUUAAAUCGCAAAUGAGAAAAUCUUCCCAAAGAAAACCCAUGGUUAUGCGAUCGGAAACAAAUCAAAAUGCCACCAAAACUGAUAUGAUAAGAGCUUCUGAUUUUAAUUUUAUAAAAGUUUUAGGCAAAGGCUCAUUUGGCAAGGUGUUGCUGGCUGAACGCAAAGGCACCGAGGAAUUGUAUGCCAUUAAAAUUCUAAAAAAAGAUGUCAUCAUCCAGGACGAUGAUGUCGAAUGUACCAUGAUUGAAAAGCGGGUGCUGGCAUUGGGUGAAAAGCCUCCGUUUUUGGUACAAUUACAUUCCUGCUUCCAAACCUUGGAUCGUUUAUUUUUCGUUAUGGAAUAUGUUAAUGGCGGUGAUCUAAUGUUUCAAAUACAACAGUUUGGCAAAUUCAAAGAGCCGGUGGCUGUAUUUUAUGCUGCCGAAAUAGCAGCUGGUUUGUUUUUCUUGCACACCAAGGGCAUUUUGUACAGAGAUUUGAAAUUGGACAAUGUUUUAUUGGAUUCGGAUGGUCAUGUGAAGAUUGCCGAUUUUGGCAUGUGUAAAGAGAAUAUUUUAGGUGAUAAGACAACAAAAACAUUUUGUGGCACACCGGACUAUAUAGCACCAGAGAUUAUUUUAUAUCAACCUUAUGGCAAAUCAGUAGAUUGGUGGGCUUAUGGUGUUUUACUGUAUGAAAUGUUGGUGGGCCAGCCACCCUUCGAUGGUGAGGAGUUUGCCGCCAUUACUGAUCAUAAUGUUUCCUAUCCCAAGAGUUUAAGUAAAGAGGCCAAAGAAGCUUGUAAAGGCUUUUUAACUAAACAACCGAACAAACGUUUGGGCUGUGGUUCAUCUGGUGAGGAAGAUGUGCGUUUGCAUCCCUUCUUUAGACGCAUAGACUGGGAGAAGAUAGAAAAUCGAGAAGUUCAGCCACCGUUUAAACCAAAAAUUAAACACCGCAAAGAUGUCUCCAAUUUCGAUAAACAAUUCACUUCGGAAAAAACCGAUCUAACACCCACUGACAAAGUAUUCAUGAUGAAUUUAGAUCAAUCCGAAUUUGUUGGUUUCUCCUACAUGAAUCCCGAUUAUGUGGUUCCACUAUAAGCCUGUAACCAGUAGAAUCUAAAACAAACGGCAAAAGCUCUAGGUACAAACAAAAAAACUACUUGUGUGAAUAACAGCAAAACCUUUAGUCUGAUUAAGUCAAGUCCAAUGGGUGAAAUUUUGUAAAAAGCAGCUGGCAACAACAAUAACAAAAAUUUAAGGAUAUUGAAAGUUUGUUUGCAGUAAAAAGAAGCAAACACAACAUUGGUCUCUCUCCCAAAAUUAUCAAAAAAAAAAAACAAAAAAAGAAUCUAAAGAAAUUGAUUGAUAUUGUUUAUUAUAUUUUUAAGUAUAAAUAUGUAUUUGUAUUAUUUUAAAAACAAAAAAAAAGAACUUUAUUCGAAAUAAAAAGACAAAGCAAUAUUAUUUAAGUUUUAAGUUAUAUUUAGUAAAAAAUAUAUUAUUAAAAACAAAACAUACAAACAAACAAUAAAUUU